UAUAAAAGGCAAGUCCGGAGCCCGGAGAGAACUCAGUUGCUACAAACUGCUCAGCACUGAAGGAGCCUGCAGCACUCAAAGCCAGGAAGGCAAAUCACAGCCCAGGCAGCCGCGAGAGCAGUGCCUUGGAGAGGAGAUCGACUGAUGUCAGCUGGAAACCGGUUACAGCUGAGUCUCUCUGGAUAACCACUGCACCCCCAGACUGCUGGCCUCCCUGGAGCACUACUGAUCUACUAGGACACUUUGCUCCACUGGUUGAACGAAGGUCACUUGGUUGCUCUCCUCAAGACCAUGGAUGUGCAUCUGUUUGACUAUGUGGAACCUGGGAACUACUCGGACAUCAACUGGCCCUGUAACAGUAGCGACUGCAUCGUCGUGGACACCGUGCAGUGUCCCGCCAUGCCCAACAAGAAUGUGCUGCUGUAUACCCUCUCCUUCAUCUACAUUUUCAUCUUCGUGAUCGGUAUGAUUGCCAACUCCGUGGUGGUCUGGGUGAAUAUCCAGGCCAAGACUACAGGCUACGACACACACUGCUACAUCUUGAACCUGGCCAUUGCCGAUCUGUGGGUCGUCAUCACCAUCCCUGUCUGGGUGGUCAGUCUCGUGCAGCAUAACCAGUGGCCCAUGGGUGAGCUCACGUGCAAGAUCACACACCUCAUUUUCUCCAUCAACCUCUUUGGGAGCAUCUUCUUCCUCGCAUGCAUGAGCGUGGACCGCUAUCUCUCCAUCACCUACUUCACCAGCACCUCCAGCUAUAAGAAGAAGAUGGUACGCCGUGUUGUCUGCGUCUUGGUGUGGCUGCUGGCCUUCUUUGUGUCCCUGCCUGACACCUACUACCUGAAGACGGUCACAUCUGCUUCCAACAACGAGACCUACUGCAGGUCCUUCUACCCCGAGCACAGCAUCAAGGAGUGGCUCAUUGGCAUGGAGCUGGUCUCCGUCAUCUUGGGUUUUGCUGUCCCCUUCACCAUCAUUGCUAUCUUCUACUUCCUGCUCGCCAGAGCCAUGUCAGCAUCCGGUGACCAGGAGAAACACAGCAGCCGGAAGAUCAUCUUCUCCUACGUGGUGGUCUUCCUGGUGUGUUGGCUGCCGUACCAUUUUGUGGUUCUGCUGGACAUCUUCUCUAUCUUGCACUACAUCCCGUUCACCUGCCAACUGGAGAAUGUGCUCUUUACAGCGCUGCACGUCACGCAGUGCCUGUCCCUGGUGCACUGCUGUGUCAACCCUGUGCUCUACAGCUUCAUCAACCGAAACUACAGGUACGAGCUGAUGAAGGCCUUCAUCUUCAAGUACUCAGCCAAAACAGGACUCACCAAACUCAUCGAUGCCUCCAGAGUGUCAGAGACAGAGUACUCUGCCCUGGAGCAGAACACCAAGUGACCGUGCUAUAGAGGCAUGGGGACAUGUGCAUGUUGCAAAUGGGGCAGCUGGGCCCUGUGGUUUCUUCAAGAAAGCACUGUAGCUUUGGGUCUGGUUGCUUGAGUGGUAUGAAGAGGAGAAGGACCAUGCUUCCUGUCUCUCAUUCUCCAGCCAAGAUGGCUGUCACCUGGACACUCAUCCUGACAGCUUGCAGCAGACAGGCUGCCCUGCGCUGUGCAGCCAGAGCUGUGUGUCAAAGCCAGCAUCAGGACAGACUCUUCUGGACACGUGUACAAUAGAAUCUUUUGUGUUUCUUCAAGUUUUUACUUGGUGACUUUUGUAUUUAAGUUUUAAGACUUUAUUUUCUCACUAUGGAUGUACCUUAUAAAUGCAUUUGAAAGCUAAAUAUAUUUUAAAUAUUGUAUGGGAGGUGUAAGGCUGUUGUAUUUGGACCAUGUAGGCCUCAGAUUAGCAGGACUCUGAGUUUUGACUAAGGAUGACAUUCAUUGUUAGCUGAUUCGAAAUGAUAUAAAUAUAUAUAAAAUAUAAAUAUAUAUAUAAAUUUAUGCCAGUCCUGGCUGGAAUGUUUUAUUUACAAUAGUUUUAUAUCUGUGUGGUGUUUAAUGCUGGCACAGCAUAUGGAACGGAAACUGCCCAGCAAUGCAGUUUGUGACACGAACCGUAUUGUAGAGUUACGUUUCGGGCUGCAAACCCGUGAACAGAGGAAACAGCAUUCUCUCGAUUUGUAAGUUAUUUUUUUAAUAAAGAUUUUUGUUUCCUAAAA